AAUCAGGACUUCAGAUUUUAAGGCCCGCUAAACAGCUCUGCGCAUGCUCAACAUCAAGGUGGCUAAUACACACGUGCUUACGGCUGGCCGCAGCGCCUGCGUCGUAGCAGCCUGGAGUCGAUCUCCGUAGGACGUUUUUCGCAUCUCGACUCCUGCUGUCCGCGCGAGCCUGUUGGUGCUGUGUCCUGUGCACAAGCCUUGCAAGCGUCGGCGCCAUGACUCUGACCUCCAGCGUACGAGCUGAAUGGAUUGCAGCAGUUACCCUUGCUGCUGGGACAGCUGCAAUUGGUUAUCUAGCUUACAAGAGAUUUUAUGUUAAAGAUCACCACAGUAAAUCUAUGGUAAACCUUCACAUCCAGAAAGACAACCCUAAGAUAGUACAUGCCUUUGACGUGGAGGAUUUGGGAGACAAAGCUGUGUACUGCCGUUGUUGGAGAUCCAAAAAGUUCCCAUUCUGUGAUGGAGCUCACACAAAACACAAUGAAGAAACCGGAGACAACGUGGGACCUCUGAUCAUUAAGAAAAAAGAAACUUAAGUGGACAGUUUUGAUGCUGCAAACCAACUUGUCAUGAUGUUACCUGAUUGUUUAGUUAGAAUGAUUACCACUUCUGUCUGAUUCACCUCCCCUGGGUUCUAGAUGUGGUAUACAGCAAACUGCAGCUUUCAUAUUUACGGCAUUUGCCUUACUUGUUGAACCAUUGUGGUGCACAUUUGUUUAAAAAAAAAAAACAGAAAAAGUAAAAACCAACCUCAUGGCCUGUGCAUUA